AUGGAUCGCCUCCCGGACGAGAUUCUCCUUCUUAUCGUCGACAAUAUCUACCUGCACAGAGACAAAUACCAGCUUCUGUUGGUCUGUCGCCGCUGGCGUUCGCUCCUUUUCAAAUCAGUCAACCAGAAUGUUUGGAUCAAAGGAAACCGCAUUCGUCCACUUGUUUUGGCAAUCCAGGGCAAUCCUGCUCUAGGAUCUGCCAUCAAAGACCUAAGGCUGCAUUGGUGGUCCUCAUACACAAGGAAGAAGGAGGAUCACGAUAUCACUUCUGUCCUACCACUUGUGGCACAAAUUAGCCAAGCCCCGGGCGAAACCAAGGAAUGGGGAGAUGCAUUGAAAGAAGGCAAUCAAGACGCAUGGCUUGGACUACUGCUGUUAUCUCUGGAGAACCUUGUCAGUUUAGACAUGCAUUAUACCCGGAGACCAAAUUUUCUCCGCCGAGUCAUCUCACGCGCCGCAAUGCGUGAGAAACCAUUGGACACGAAGCCAGUAUUGCAGCGACUGGAGGAACUUCAUGUCGAUGCUAGCGAUGACAAUAAGGCCUACUUUCCAAAUAUCGACUUUCUACCUUUUGUCUAUCUUCCGUCUAUGCGGACCCUAUCCUUGGACUCGGUGAUCGAAUCCGCAUAUACGGAACUAGAUCAUCAGGCUUUUACAGCGUCCAGGGGCACCUCUUCAACUAUGUCAUUGUCAUUCCGUGGACACUCUAACGGCAGCAAGGGCAUGGCGGAGUUUAUCACAUCCUGCGCGAACCUUGAGCGAUUCAAAUACCGGCACUCGAAUCAGGCGAUUUGGGCGGAACAAUCUAUCAGCUUCCGACCAAGAGCGUUUUACUCAGCGCUUUGCUCACAGAAGCACAGCUUACAGGUACUUCACUUGGAUGACAGGGAAGAGCUCACCGGAAUGGAAAUUGAUGAAGAGGGCCCUAACGAACCCCCUCACAACUGGCUCGGAUCUUUUGCGGAUUUCACUAAGCUGUGGGAUCUCCAGGUUUCGGUGGCCAACCUUUUCAAUUUCCACAUGAGUGAUCGGGUGCCUAGAGUUUCGUCGCUCAAGGAGAUCCUGCCGCGCAGUCUCAAAAGACUACACUUGGGAAGAUUCCAAAACUCUCAGUUGGAACUGGAGAGGUUUCCGCACUUUGGGCAGCUGGAAAUACAGUCAAGGUUUAUGCGUCUCAUCGAGCAGGACUCAGGACCUCCGUUGACCAUCAAACAAGCACUCACGCCUCUUAUAGAUGCUUGUGAGGAUGCUGGAAUCCAGAUAAACAUUAUCCUCUGGUGA